AUGGGGAACCAGGUGUUGACGCCCCCUGAAUGCCCCUGUCAGCCCCCAGCUACCUUGAAGACAGCCUUCAGGGUCCUCAUCUCAGGGGGCAUUGUGGCUACGGCUGGCCAAUUCACCCAGUGGUACUUCGGGGCGUACUCCAUCGUGGCGGGGGUCCUUAUCUGCCUGUUGGAGUACCCCCGUGGGAAGAGGAAGAAGGGGUCGACCAUGGAGCGCUGUGGACAGAAAUAUAUGACACCUGUUGUGAAGAUGUUCGGGCCUCUCACCAGGAACUACUACAUCCGGGCCUUCCUGCACCUCGCGCUGUCCGUGCCUGCAGGCUUCCUGCUUGCCACCAUCCUGGGGACUGCCUGCUUGGCCAUCGCAAGUGGCAUCUACUUGCUGGCAGCCAUCCGAGGAGAGCAGUGGACCCCCAUCGAGCAGAAGCCCAAGGACCCACCGCAGGUGGGCGGCACCAUCAAGCAGCCUCCCAGCAAUCCGCCGCCCCGGCCCCCAGCUGAAGCCCGCAAGAAGCAGCCCAGCGAAGGGCAGGCGGAGGGCCCCCCAGGUGGGGACAGCGGCCAGACCAACCCCAUCCCGGUGACCGACGAGGUUGUGUAACACUCCCCUCCCCGCCGCAGCCACCAGGUGGCACCCUCGACCACAAGCAAUAAAGGGACCAAGCAGCGCUG